CAGCACAUGAAAAUUAAAGGUCUGGCAGAUCCGUCGAGAUGCCGCACGUUGAUCAUUCUGAAGAAAACACCUGCUCAGAAGCAGAGGUUGCAACAUUGUUUUCAGUGAAGUAUGAAUCUGUGACAAGUAUCUCUCUCUCUGAAGAAGAGUAUUGUUUACACCUCACUCACACUACCAAUUGGGAAGACGUGGCCGUGGCGUUGUCAGAUUUUUCUGUGACGCUGCUAAAGAGGGAAACUCUUCAGAAAGUGUCCAGUUUUGAUCCCCACCAAGAAUGUAUCACAGGGUUGAAAUUCUCUCCUGGUAACAACAACUGCCUGUGGACCAGUAGUAGUGAUGGCUUUGUCAAGAUGUGGGAUGUCAGGUCCAAUCAAUGUGAGAAGGAGUUUCAAGGAAUGACUAAAAGUUCUUCUGUAACAAAGCCUCUUACCUGUUUUGAUAUUUCGUGUAAUGAAAGGAUAUUGUGUGCGGGGACGGAGUUGGUUGAGACGGGUGUUUUUAUUCUGUUCUGGGACAUCCGUGGUGACAAAGCUUUAGGCAGCUACUGGGAAUCUCACACUGAUAAUAUCACCCAGGUCAAGUUUAACCCUUCACAAGCUGAUACAAUGGCUACAGCAGCUACAGAUGGACUUAUUAAUGUUUUUGAUAUCUCACAAAGUACAGAGGAUGAUGCUCUUACAUACUGCAUGAAUUCUGAAGUGACGACUGGGAACUUAUCGUGGCUGGGUCAGAAUGGCCGACAAGAAAGAUUAUCUGCAAUAACAGAUAUUGAAUCUUUACAGUAUUGGGAUAUCAAGGAAGCAGCACCAAUGCAUAAAUAUAGCAGGGAAGAUGUAGCUGCAGCCAUGAAGCUCAAGGAACCGGACGACUGUUAUUUGGCAUCUGUGCAUAUGUCAAGUGAAGGGGACAAUCCCUUAGUGCUGGUUGGUGCUCGUAAUGAUGAAGGAAGCGAUACUCUGUGUACGUUGAAACUCGACCUGCAAACGGGACAGCUGAAGCCACAUGGCUCUUUCGUGGCCAAGCAGCUGCUGCUGAUGAUACGAGCGGCAUUAUAUCAAGUAGAGACAGACUCGUAUAUCACUGCUGGGGAAUGUGGUGUUGUGAGAAUUUGGAAACCAGAGUCCACUGAAAGUAUUGGCAAACAAUCUCUUGUGAAGUUGUCCAAAAAAAACAGAACAAAACCAUAUUAGCUUAAUGAAGUAUUUCCCAACUGUUAUGUUUUGUUUAUGAGACAUAUAAGUAAUAUCUUGUUAACACCAACACUCAGUUCAGAUGUACAGUGUAUAGAACAUGUUGAAAAUCUCAGAUGGUCCUUGGAUCAUUGAAGAUGGAUCACAUAGAUGAUGAUUACUUGUCCAGAAUGAAAUAUCAUAUUAAUGUAUUUGUGUUUACUAUCCAUUCCUUAUUUGUCAUUGUGAGGAAAAAGUAAGUUAGACAGUCACUUAAAAAGAAAUUCAAGAGUUAAUGUAAGAAAUGUAAUCCAUUACAUGUAAGUUACUAUUUAAAAUGAUUUAGUUUAUUACAGUAUAUUUGUAAUUUUGUUCUCAGCAGUGAAUAAGUACGGUACAGUACAACAUCCAUGGUGUUGGAACGUUCAGGAGGAGUCUGGGGAUGGGGUAUCCAUUAAGUAUUGUGUGUAUAGUCAGAAGAUCAACACCUGCUUGCUGGCCAACCUCUGUCAAAUCAACUGAAUGCUUGUAUGGUUUAAGAGGGUCAGAAAUAUUUGUGAGCCCUGGAGUGAUGCAAACAUAACUGGUAUUUAUGAGACAAUAAACAAGAGAGAAUGAGAAGAUUGGAAAUAUAACAACCAAAACUUUACUGAAGAAAACAAAAGAACAUUAAUUCUGUAUAUGAUAAAUAUUUGAUAUAUUAGUGAUGCUUCGGGGCUGCAGUGAGUGAUUCACCCUAGUGUUUAUCCUUCUGCCUAAUAUAAUGACCCAACACCUGAACAUAACCCUUCUGAUGAAGAACUGUGGUGACUUAGAUAAGUUUAUUUCAUUGGAUUAGGUUAGUAAGAUAUACUAUAUAAUACAGUAAAGUUGAAUUAAUCAUCAUUAAAGAUUAUUUUUUUCCCUAUAACCUUCAUUGACAAUACAGUAAAUAUUAUUUGAUAAUUUUGUGUUGUAAUCCAAAAUAGCAGUGGGCACGGAUUAGUGUAAUCCAAAAUAGGAUUGGACUAGGCUAAGAUGUAAUGCAGAAUAAAUAUUUUUUAAUAAAGCAUAUGCAGUACCUGA